AUGAGGGGCCCCACAAACCAGGCCUCAGCGGGCGCAGUGAGCACCCGCGGCUGUCUGUACACCUCAGGAGCAGCAGCAGCAAAUCAACAGCCGCUGCAGGCAGCAGCUUCGUCGCUUCAAACCCACGCUCGGCUGCCCAUGGAGCCGCAGCAGCUGCAGCAGCAGCCGCAGCAGCUGCAGCAGCAGCAGCAGCAGCAGCAGCAGCAACAAUGUCUGUACAGAGAAAGCGUGGUGCACGAAGCCAGCCGCAGCGUAGGAAGCAGCUACUGCGGUUUAAGCUGGACUUGCCAGGGGCCCCCAUUGGCCCAGCAGCAGCAGCAGCAGCAGCAGCAGCAGCAGCAGCAGCAGCAGCAGCAGGACGCUGCUGCGGGUCGCCCCUUUAUUAGUGGCGGCGCGCCUGCGCCUUCCGUGUCCGUCUCUCAGUUGCAGCUGCAGCAGCUGCUGUGGCACCAGCAGCAGCAGCGUCAGCAGCAGCAGCAGCAGCUGCCUGCUGCUGCUGCUGCAUGCAGCCCCUUGGAAGCUACCUGCUUCCGCGCCGUGGGCAGGGGGCCCCAGUGGGGCCCCCUGGAGCGGGGGCCCCUGGGGCCCCUGCCAGCCCCUGCAGCAAGGGCCCCCCGCCCCAGUUUGAAGUGUGGGGGCCCCUUUGUGGGGCGCGAAGCAGCAGCAGCAGCAGCAGCAGCAGCAGCAAGCCGCGCGGUGUACGUACACACGGGUGUGGGGCCCCCCCUCAAGAUUUGCUGCUCAGAGCCUUCGCAGGCCACCACAGGCUGGCUGCUUUCCCGCGUGCUGCAGCACUUGACAGAGGCCGGGGAAGAGGAGGCGGCCUCCCGAGUGGUGGCGCUCGCCUGCUGCUCCCCCCGCAGCCGCAGCAGCAGCAGCAGCAGCAGCAGCAGCAGCAGCAGCAGCAGCGGCUUCUUGUCUCCUUGCAAGAGAGACUGGCUGGACGCGCUGCUGCAGGACGGAGACAGGCCGCUGGCGCUGCUGCCAGACGGGCUUGAGGUUUGCUGCUUCUAUGCUUCUCCAAAUGGGCAGGCGCUCCCUGCUGCUGCUGCUGCUGCUGCUGCAGCUCCUGCUGCUGCUGCUGCUGCAGCAGAGGGGGAGCCGCCGUACAGCAGUGGGCCUUCAGCACAACGCUGGGCGGCUGCCGCUGCUGACGCGCAGCAGCAGCAGCACCACGAGCAGCACGCGCAGCAGCAGCAGCAGCAGCAGCAGCAGCAGCUGCAGCCAGCUGCCGCGCUGGAGCGGGAAAUUGGGCGGGGAGGGUUCAGCCGAGUGUUUCGCGUGCGGAGCCGCAAAAGCGGAGUUUUGCUGGCAGCAAAAGUUUUGGAAAAAGCAAAAAUAGAAAAUGAGCAGCAGCGGCUGCGGAGGGCCCUCGUGGAAAAAGAAGUUUUGAGUUGCUGCCAGUCGCCCUUCGUGCUGCAGCUCUGCUGCGCCUUCCAGACGCGAAGCCACAUGGUCCUCGUCACCGAGUUCUGCCCAGGCGGUGACCUGGCGGCGCUGCUGCGGUGCCACAAACGCCUGAGCGAAGCAGCAGCGCGCUUUGUUGCUGUUGAGGUGCUGCUGGGGCUGCAGCAGCUGCAGCAGCAGCAAGUUGUGUACAGGGACUUGAAGGCAGCAAACGUGCUUAUUGACUUGGACGGCCACUGCAGACUUGCGGACUUCGGGCUCGCCAAGAAGCUCACCGGCCAACUCAAGAAGACAUUUUCCUUCUGCGGCAGCCCGGAGUACCUCAGCCCGGAAAUGCUGCUUGGAUCGGGGCACGACCACAGCGUGGACCUGUACGCGCUGGGCUGCCUCAUCUACGAGCUGCUGGUGGGGUUUCCGCCAUUCUUUGCUGCAAACCGCAACGUGAUGUACAUGAAAAUAAUGCAAGGACAGCUCUCGUUUCCCGCUUCCUGCCAGGCCUCCGCAGAGGCUCGCUCGCUGGUCUCGCGUUUGCUCUCGUUGGAGCCGCUGAUGCGCGUGGGGGCUUUGGGGGGAGUUGAGGAAGUGAUGCAGCACAGCUGGUUCGCGGGGGUUUCUUGGGAGGCAGCCAAAAGACUUCGCCUGGCCAGCCCCCUGCUGCCGCUGCUGCGGGAAGCGCGGGAGAGAAACCCUUUGCCCAUCGUCCAAGACAAAACCCUAGAGGCCCCUCUGGCCUGCGACAGGGGCCGCUGGAAGCCGCAGCACUUUUGCGCCUCUUUGGCUUUUGACUACACAAACCCUGCGCGCCUGAACGACUUGGCGGCGAGACUAAGUAGGGACGGAGGUUUAGGGUUUGGUUCCCAUGCCGCUGCGGUCUUCGACUCUACAGUAGAAGGCGCAUGCGUUGCCAUUCCUCAAGUUGUAAACUCAGGCGCAGCAGCAGCAGCAGCAGCAGCUGCUGCUGCUGCUGCUGCGGCUGAUGCAGCAGCAGCAGGAGAUAGCGUUGCUGCUGCUCUCGCAUCGGGCUCCACGCUUGCUCCGGAAGAAAGCCUCAACACCGAUGAGUCACUGUCUCCCACAUCCAGUGCAACUGACAGUGCAGCAGCAGCAGCAGCAGCAACAGCAGCAGCAGCAGCAGCAGCAGCAGCAGCAGCAGCGCCUGCCAAGGAGUGCUCCGUGGAAUGCACAAAUGUGAGUGAAGACAAAGGCAGUGGGAGCGACACUUCUGCAUCUGAGAGUAUGGAUGAAGGACCUCAAGAGAGUAGGAUUACGGGGGCAGCCGAGGCAGCAGCAGCGGCAGCAGCAGCAGCAGCAGCAGCAGCAGCAGCAGCAGCAGAGGCAAACAGAAUAGUUUCGAAUGCACGGAUACCAACAACAGACGCCGCAGCAGGGCCCCCAGGGCCCACACCAGCAGUCGCUGCAACUGAAGGUAAAAGAGAGGCAGCCACGAAGGCAGCAGCAGCAGCUGCUGCUGAGCAGCAGCAGCAAACGGCGCAGGCACUGCAGCCUGCAGCAGAUUCCAAAGACAGGGGCCCCUCAGCAGCAGCAGCAGCUGACCCAGCCGGGGGCCCCAAGGGGCCCCCAGAGAUGGCUGCUGCAUGCAGUUUGCCUUCUGUGGGGUCCACAGGCGGGAAGGAGCAGGCACCGACGGACUCUGCUGCUCCGCUCAAGAGCAGCAGCAGCAGCAGCAGCAGCAGCAGCAGCAGCAGCAGCAGCAGCACGGAAGAGCGUAAGGAAGCCCUCGCGCUAGUUACCGAGGAUCAUGAUUCUCCUGACAAAGGAUUAAAGACCAAAAAGAGCUUCAACCCUCCCCGGGUGAGCACGCUGGCCUCACAGCGCCGACAGCAGCAGCAGCAGCAGCAGCAGCAGCAGCAGCAGCAGUCGCGCCAGGGGCCCAAGCCCAGCUCCAGUGAGCUUACAAGCAGCAGCAAAGUGAAGCACAGCAGCUCCGGCAGCUUCUCCAGUCUGCGGCAGCGUCCGGCUGCAGCAAAACAGGCCCAGGAGCCGCACAGCGGGGCUGCUGCUGGGGGCCCCCUGGGGGCCCCCGCGGGGGCCCCCGCGGGGGCCCCCCAGGCAGCGCACGCAGAGCGCAGCAGCAGCAACUUGGCGCGGGGCUCUGCUGCUGCUGCUGUUCGCGUCGCCAGCGCCUUCGCGCCCGGGGCUGCUUUGGCUGACCGAAAGGGCGCAGCAGAGGGAAAGUCUGCUGCAGCAGGCAGAGCCACAAGACAGUCAGGGAGGCCCAGCGGGAGCCGCAGCCCGCCUUCUGCUGCGGGGGCUUAG